GUCAGUUUCCCGCUAGGUAUAAAAAUCGCGAUCGAAGUUUCCUCCGAUUAAUUAGUCCCUAAAAUCUCUCUCUAUCUGGUUUUAGCUCUUGCAAGGACAAAAAGAUCUGGUGCUGUCGUUUUGUUGGUGAAGAUAGUAAUUUAUUCGGAUAAUUUGAUGUUUGUAGAUUGUUUUGAUGAAAUUUUGAAGGUUACAUAAGAAGUUCUGAACUUAGUUCUGCACUGUAGAGCCUGGAAAAAAGGGGUAAGCACUGGAGAGGUACUUGGAUUCCAGCCACCAGGGGAUUGUGCCUCCAAUGGCGCCUUCUCGGGUGGCUGGAGGGAUGGCACAUUCUUCUUCAAGUUCUGGUAUCUUUUUCCAAGGAGAUGGGCAGUCUCAAGUUGCCGGAAAUUCUCACUUGACUUCAUCUUUUGGGAAUUCAUCGAAUUCACUACCUGGAAAUCCACGGUCAAGUUUGGGUCCUCUAUCUGGGGAUGUUAGUAAUACAGUUCUGAAUAGUGUAGCAAGCUCAGGUCCUAGUGUUGGGGCAAGUUCAUUGGUUACGGAUGCCAAUUCAGGACUUUCAGGGGGUCCCAAUCUUCAGAGAAGUGCCAGCAUUAAUAAUGAAUCCUACAUGCGGUUGCCUGCAUCACCUUUGUCAUUUUCUUCUAAUAACAUAAGUGUGUCUGGUUCAUCAGUCAUGGAUGGAUCUUCCAUGGUUCAGCAAAGCUCUAACCAAGACCCAAACUCCCAACAACCUCAACAUAAUCAGCAGCGUCAGGGCGCUUCUAGUGCUACAUCUUUGCCCACAUCUAGAGUGGGCCAGGUUCAGCUGCCUAAUGGUCAAGGCCUUAGGGUUCCAGGAUCAUUCAUCCAGGAUCCUGUGGCUUUGUCGCAUAUGCAAAAGAAACCGCGGCUGGACAUCAAGCAGGAAGAUAUUCUACAGCAGCAAGUUCUGCAACAGUUGCUGCAAAGACAAGAUCCUUUGCACAUGCAGAACUCCAAUCCUCAGUUACAAGCCUUGAUUCAGCAGCAGAGGCUGAGGCAACAGCAGCAACAACAGCAUCAGUUAUUGCAGUAUCUGCCACCGAUGCAGAGAGCCCAGCUACUGCAGCAACAGCAGCAGCUGCAGCUAAGGCAACAACUUCAACAACAAAGCGUGCAGCCUGUAUCAGCCAUGAAGCGCCCAUCUGAUGGUGUCUUGUGCUCUAGACAGUUAAUGCAAUACUUGUAUCAUCAGAGGCAACGACCUCCUGACAACGCUAUUGCCUAUUGGAGAAAGUUUGUGGCCGAGUAUUAUUCCCCACGGGCAAAGAAGAGAUGGUGCUUGUCAUUAUACGAGAAUGUUGGGCAUCAUUCACUUGGCGUGUUUCCACAAUCAACCAUGGAUGCAUGGCAUUGUGAUAUUUGUGGCUCAAAAUCAGGCAGAGGAUUUGAGGCAACUUUCGAAGUUCUUCCCAGGCUGAACGAAAUCAAAUUUAGCAGUGGUGUCAUCGAUGAACUCUUGUUUUUGGAUUUUCCGCGUGAAUGCAGGUCCCCCUCAGGAUUAAUGAUGUUGGAAUAUGCGAAAGCAGUUCAGGAAAGUGUAUAUGAACAACUUCGCGUGGUUCGGGAGGGUCAACUCCGAAUCAUUUUUACCUCUGAUUUGAAGAUAUUGUCAUGGGAAUUUUGUGCUCGGCGCCAUGAAGAGCUUCUUCCUCGGAGAUUAGUUGCACCACAGGUGAAUCAAUUGCUGCAGGUUGCUCAGAAAUGCCAAACUACAUUAACAGAAACUGGANUUGAAAAUAUAAUCUCAUGUCACGUUGUUGUUACUUUUCUUAGGGUUGUCACAACUGGACGUCAACUUGCCAAGAGUUUGGAGUUGCAGUCACUUAAUGAUUUGGGAUUUUCCAAGAGAUAUGUUAGAUGCCUACAGAUAGCUGAGGUCGUGAAUAGCAUGAAGGACUUGAUGGAUUUUUGCAGAGAUCAUAAAGCUGGUCCAAUUGAGGGCUUAAAAAAUUUCCCACGACAUAGUACUGCAGCCAAAUUUCAGGCACAAAAUGCACAGGAAACAGAGCAGCAGGUGGGUAUUCAGGGCCUGCCAACUGAUCGCAGUGCAUUGAACAGGCUUAUGUCAUUGCACCCUGGGCUUAAUAGCCAAAUGAGCAAUAACCAGCACAUGGGUGGUCGGGGAGCUUUAAGUGGCUCUGGACAAGCUGCUCUUCAGCUCACAAACUUCCAAAAUUCACUAAUGCGGCAAAAUUCAAUGAAUUCAAACUCAAAUACAACCCAACAAGAUGCUUCUCCUUCUUUCAAUUAUUCGAACCACUCUCAAUCUUCACUUUCGCAAGGGGCCAAUGGUAUAUUGCCAGGGACAAUGCAGAACUUACCUGUCAGUGGCUUGUCAAGUACCAAUCUGCAGCAACAACAGCAGCGAUUAUUGAAUAGUGGCUUAAUCCCGCAAAAUCAGUCUCAACCAUCGCAUGGUAGCCAGGUCCUACAGCAACAAAUGAUCCAGCAGCUCCUCCAGGACAUGAAUGCUAACAGCGGUGGGUGUGGAGUUCAACAGCAGUGCCUUUCUGGGCAGAGUGGAGGUGGUAUUGCUUCUAGGGAAGGGUUUGCAUUUGGAAACAAUAGUUCUGUGGCUGCUGCAACAGCUACACAUGGGCCGGGAAACAGUGUUGGACCAACACCAAGUAGAAGCGACAGUUUUAAAUCGGCUUCUAACUGUGAACCCUCUGCAUCGGCUGGCAACAGUGCUUUCAGUCAAAAAGCUCCAGAUUUACCUCAAAGUCUGCAUUUAUCUGAUGAGUUGGUCCCAGAUAUGACACAUGAAUUCAGUGAAAAUGGUUUCUUUAGCAGUGAUCUUGACAACAAUAUGAAUUAUGGAUGGAAGGCUUGACUGACAUGUUUUGCUC